UUACAUUGAGCUUGUUUACCUUGACAGGAUGAAUUCCACCCGUUCAUCGAAGCGCUGUUGCCACAUGUCAAAUCCUUCGCCUACACGUGGUUCAACCUGCAGGCCGCCAAGCGGAAAUACUUCAAGAAACAUGAGAAGAGGAUGUCUCUGGAGGAAGAGAGGAGGUGCAAGGAUGAACUCCAGAGCGAGAAGAACGAGGUGAAGCAGAAGUGGGCGUCGCGCCUCCUGGGCAAGCUACGUAAGGACAUCACCCAGGAGUGUAGGGAGGACUUCGUGCUCUCCAUCACCGGGAAGAAGCCGGCCAUGUGUGUCCUCUCAAACCCGGACCAGAAGGGCAAGAUGAGACGCAUAGACUGCCUCAGACAGGCAGAUAAGGUGUGGCGGCUGGACUUGGUGAUGGUGAUACUGUUCAAGUCCAUCCCGCUGGAGUCGACAGAUGGAGAGAGGUUAGAGAAGUCCCCAGACUGUCUCCACCCAGCUCUCUGUGUCAACCCCUACCAUAUUAAUGUUUCCGUCCGUGAACUUGAUCUCUACCUCUCCAACUUUAUUACCAUGAAUGGUAAGUGCUUUCUCUCAGUUUACCUGUAUCACACACGCCGCUGGUGCCUCAAGGUGCUUGUGUGUCUCCGCUAGUGUACUCAACCUCUGCUUCACGGUAAGGAAACAUCUACAUUAAUUUUUUUAAUCAUUGUGUUACUGU